AUGCGGUCCCGGAAAUUCUCAAUGGCGCUUUCACAUGCUAAGCCUAUACAUAUCCUCCGAUGGGCCCCCUCACGGCCUGGAAGGGUAGUUCUCUCUCCACGCAGCACGAAGGCCAGUCCUGUCCGUACUCCAGAGCUCGGAGAAGGAAUGUUCAAAGGAACAACAACAAUGAAUCAAUCUGCGAGGCCUGAUCAGCAAGUGACCUUCUUCACACUCCCUGCCGAGAUCAGAUCAGCUAUCCUAGAGCACGUCUUCGAUUCCAAUUUUCAAGCCAAAGGCUUCCUAGGACAGGGACUGCUGGGAGGCAUCUUCCACAACGAGGACUACAGCGCCAGCAGCCUCCUCGCACCUCUUCUCGUGUGCAAGCAGUUCUAUCAAGAUAGCAGUCUUCUCGCCCUCACUCGCGCGAACUUUAUCGUAUCGAAUCUCUUCUUCAAAAUUCCCGAACGAAUCUCCAUUCUCCAUCCGAAGCAAAUUGAAGCCAUCCGAUCGAUCGCAUUCGUCGCCGACGCAAGACAUUUCACACAACUUCAUGACUGGGGCCAACACCCUUUCGGGAUCAAGAAUUUGAGCCUGGAUAACCUCACAAUCGUACUUCGAAGGUCGAGCAACUGGCAUUACCUCUUCGACUUCACAGCCGAAAUCGUCAAUCUCCUCCGCUCCCUCACCAACGUCAAGAAGUUCACAUUCGUUCGCAACGUCGCGUUGGUAAAAGGCAGUUUCAAGACAUGGUAUAAUCGUUUGAUAGGACUGAUGCUCAAGAUCGAUCAUUUGGAAAGAUACGAUAAGAUUCCCGCGAAUCCUGAGGAGACGUGGUGGACGUGGAGUUACGAUGGAGUCGCCCAAGCCUUCAACUUGGAAGCGCAGCCGGCCAAGAGGAUCAUGGAUGAGGAGGCGUACAUGCAGGAAAUUUUGCCAUUGGUGGAAGAGCUGAGAGUAAGCAUGGAAAAUGAGGAAUGGAAUCCAGACCCAAGGUCAAGCAUGGCGAUACAGCUACGGCUCAGAAACGCAAAAGCAAUCGUCCUUGCCUCAAUGGCAAUCCCGACUGAACUUCCGAAAUUGACCAAGAAUUUGCACGGUCAGAGUACCUUCAGCGGAGCGCAGAAUCAGACCAAGCAUUGAUCAAGAUUCGACGACGUAAGUACAAGCCUCUGCUCAUUGAGAGCCAAGAAUGAUUGGCGUGCUUGGAAUGUCCACAGAUCUUGAUGCGAUUUAAUGCUGAACCUCUCCGUGCCUCCCUUCGUCCGAGACGUCACUUGAGGCCCUCGGAUGGAGAUAUUGCGGAUGUGGUUCAUAUAACUUGCCAUUCGAUAUUCUACAUGGUCGUUCGGUAUCUAGCAAACGUGAUCUUCUUCGAAUGCACUGGUAUGCAUCGACAUUCAUAUGGGCUUCAAAGAGCAAUGAUCAUUGGGUAUCGUCUUCUUCCUCCUCAUUUUACUUGCCAGAAAUCUGGCCCUCCACGAAACUAAGAGCUUGAUCUCGACUGACAACGUCGAUGGUACUGGCCUUGCUAAGAUAGCUGACACCGUAGCACUUCUCGGCCACAUGCAGCAUCUCUGGUCUGAACGUCGUGCAGAUGAAUUGUCCUGUCUGACUGCUCUGCUUAAGAAGCUCGGCGACGGCAGUACGAUACUGUGCGUCCAGGUUGGCAUCGAUCUCGUCGAACAGGUAGAAGGGCGCUGGAUCCGAAGCUUGAAUGGCAAAUACGAGUGCCAACGCGCACAGAGACUUCUGUCCACCAGACAAUUGCUGGAUGCGCUGCUGCUCAUCGUGCUUACUGUUGAAGGAGACGGAAAUGCCGAUGCCGAUAUAAUUAUCGACGCCAGAACGUCGCUCUUCGUCUUCACUCUCAUCGCCAGCAGCGCCAUUGCCGUUUACGUGCAUGUCGCUGCGACGCUGAAUGAUCAGACGGCCCUUGCCCGCGGGGACAAGACGUUCGAAGAUGUCAGCAAACUCCUUGCUGACCUGCUUGAACGUGCGCUGGAUCGCCUCAUCCUUGCGCUGAUCGAGGACGUCGAUCAGAUCACGAAUGCUGGAGUCACUGCUGUCAAGCUCCUUGCGGCGCUGCUCAAGAUGCUCCCGCUGUCGCUCGAAUUGCGUGUACUGCUCGAAUGCCUUCUUGUUGACAUGACCGUAUUUCUUGAGGGACUCUUGCACCCUAUGAAGCUUCUUCGUCGCCGUAUCACUGCUCAUCUUCGUGUAUUGAGCGGUGAAGGCUGCAUCGGGCAGCACACCCAAGUUCCGAAUCUGUGCCUGCACGUCCGCAAGACGGGUCGCAUAGCCUUGUCGCUUUUGGGCGCCUUUCUCGAUGCUCCUCGCAUGGUUGCGGAUUGCAGAUUCAAGCUUCUCCACUUCCGCUUUCUUGGAUGUUCGUGCGGCUUCAGCAGUUGCUCGCUGCUCCACAGCGCUGUCCAUAGAUUCCUCGAUCUCGGCGAGCUUGGCAUCAAUGUUCGCCAGACGCUUCUCGAUGCGCU